ACCCUGCUAUAACCAGGAAACCGAGUUAACAUGUAGCUCAUGUGCUCAUGUGUUUUAAGUGUUCUGUAGUCUAUUGAUUAAUUAACAUAUUUUACAUAGCUGGCACUAAGUCAUGAGAUGAAUAAAUGGCGGAUAUCAUAAAUCCGGAAAAUGAAGGGGAUCUUCAGGCUCAAAUUGAAGAAGUUGAGGCUCUGUCUUCCAUCUAUGGUGAUGAGUGGUGUGUGAUAGAUGAAGCAUCCAGGAUAUUUUGCAUUAAAAUUUCCAAUGACUUGGAGGAGCCAAAACUGACGGCAUGUUUGCAGAUCAUUCUCCCACCUGAUUAUCCAAGCACAGCUCCGCCCAUAUACCAGAUCAAUGCAGUGUGGUUGCGAGGCCCUGAGAGGGCCAAAUUGGCAAACAGCCUGGAAGACAUCUAUGUGGAGCAUGCGGGGGAGAGCAUCCUGUACCUCUGGGUAGAAAAAGUUAGAGAUUUCCUUGUUGAGAAGUCCCAGAACUCAGAAACAGUGGAAGAACAAGAAAAGGUGAACAUGACAGCUGAGAAGGAUGUCGAUGAUGAUGAUGAUGAUGAUGAAGACAUUCCUGAUUUCACCAGUCUCAAGCUGAAUACAGAAAAUGUGCACUUCUUCCUGGAACAGACCAAUGAUGAGGAGAUGCCUCCAAUAAAGCAUGGAAAUCCUAUCACAGACCGACGCAGUACCUUCCAGCCUCAUUUGGCACCUGUGGUGACUCCCAGACAGGUUAAAAUGGUCCUGGAGAAGCUGUACGAAAACAAGAAGAUUGCCAGUGCCACUCAUAAUAUUUAUGCAUACAGGAUUUAUUGCGAGGACAAGCACAGCUUCCUGCAGGAUUGCGAAGAUGACGGCGAGACAGCCGCAGGAGGGAGAUUGCUCCAUUUACUGCAGAUUCUGGACGUGCGUAAUGUCAUGGUGGUCGUGUCCAGGUGGUUCGGGGGUAUUCUGUUGGGUCCUGAUCGUUUCAAACACAUCAACAACUGCGCUCGUAACAUCCUGGUGGAGGAGGGAUACACUGCCUCUAUGGAUGAUGCCACCAAAUCAGGGGUAAAGACCAAAAGGCCAAAAGGCAAGAAGACAAAGUGAAUUUCCAAAGAAAAACGAGGAUUUUAUUUUUCCCAAACACAUGUUCUGUCUUUGAUGUUUAAUUCAGUGAAAAGCUUGUUUUUAGAAAAAUUGAGAUGUGACUUAGGGGGGCAAAUGAUUGCUAGCAAUUUAGUCAUCAUUCGAGGUAAUAAAAUAUCAUCUAGGAUUUCAAAAUGAUAUCUCAGAUGACCGCCUUAACUCUGGAAUCUGUAUUUUUACCUCCGCCAAGGAAAUUGUGUUUUAUGUCAUUCGUGCGUGUGCGUGCGUGUGCGUGUCAUCCUGACUGUAAAAACAAUGGCUCAAAAAGUUUUUUUUUGAAUGAAUUCUGAUAAAACUUUGUAGGGGUGUAGAGUGAGGUCGUGUUAAUGAAAAAUUUGCCUUACGUCCACCGAGGACAACUUAAAUAUUUAUUAGUCUAAAAUUGACAAAAAACCCUAUAACUUAGAAACUGUCAUUCUUAUUGGUGUGGUGUGCAUUGCCUGCAUACAGAAAGUACCAUAUAAAGAUUUAAAAUAUGUCACAUUUGACCUCUCUUCAAGGUCAGUAGAUUGGGCUGAAGGUCAAAGUGAUGAUAAUGCUAUACAGAGCUAUUAAAAACUAUGUUUCUCAAUACCAUUGCUUGCAUUGACAACACAUUAGGAAUGACAUAUGGGGAUCCUAAAUAUCACAUUACUUUGGACCUCUGACCUCUUCUUCAAGGUCAAACAUUCAUUAGGUCAAACUUUCAUAAAACGUCUUUUAUCUUUAAAACUAUGCUUAAAAUUCUGCCUUUGUUUGUACUGGCAACAUUUAUUUUAUUAUGACUAUAUGUACAUAAACUGUUGAAAUACAUAACAAUUUGAAUAAAUGUAAAAUUUCCAGAAUAAGUAUUAAUUUUUUUUUUUUUUGGAAAACAAAAUAAACUUGUGAUUAAAAACUUUUUUAACUUGAUAUUUAUUACCAAACAUUUCAACAGAUUUUACUAAACAAUGAAGUGAAUCCUACACAUGUACUGAAUCCACAAAAAUAAAAAAUAAUU